CUGCGUGUAAUAAUAAUAACAAAAAAAAAAAACAAGCUUCAAGCAAAAAGAUUACAGGUAAAACCUGCGCACUGGUUUCCACUGAACUCCAGCAGAGAAGCGCCAGAAACUGAGUGAAGAUGGGGGAAGAAACUGAGAGCUCAGUGAAUAGAGAGAAUCAGAUCAUAAAGGAUGAAAAUACAGGCACAUCGGAGGAGAGCGGUGUGAAAUACUACACAGUCAAAGAGGUUCAAGAUCAUAACAUGAUCAAAGACACAUGGCUCGUCAUCCACGAUAAAGUUUACGAUAUCACAAGUUUCAUGGAGGAGCAUCCAGGAGGUGAAGAGGUUCUGCUGGAGCAAGCAGGUUCAGAUGCGACAGAAAGCUUCGAGGAUGUGGGUCAUUCCACAGAUGCCAGAGAGAUGCUCCAGCAGUAUUACAUCGGGGAGCUCCAUAUGGAUGAUCGAAAGAAUGAAUCAAAAAAGGAUGUCUACAUUACAACUUCCAAGGAGUCAUGGUCAUUGACCACCUGGUUAAUUCCUGCCAUAGCUGCGGUGCUUGUGGGCAUCAUGUACCGUUACUACAUGCUGGAACACAAAUCGUCCUGAACUUUGUCACCGCUGUAUUUCUCUUGUCUGGAGGCCUUGACUUGUUUAAGUGAGUGAGCCUAUAAGAUCGCUCUCUAAACUCCUGCUCAUCCUUUCUUUUUUAGUUUCUACUCAUCUGACUGGAAAUGGUCCAUAGCCCAUUGGCUCAUUUUGACUGGGUUUUUCUACCAGCCUUCAGAAUCCACAAUUCUGUCUAGCCUGCAGGACUUUAUCUGCAGCAUUAUACUAUCUGUCUUUUUAAAUGUACUUGGAAAUGACUUCAACUCCUUUAAAUUAAUCUAGAGUGUAGUUGGAAAGGUCAGGUAUGGUCUAGCUUUUGCUGAUGGAUCCUAUUUUAGGGAGCAUUUUGACAAAUCGCAUGUCCUUCACAUAGCUGCUAGUUGAUGUUUG